AUGACAACAGAAGGUAAUUUAAAAAAACAUGUAACAUUAUUUGAUCCUUUUAAAUGGAUGUUUUAUUAUUUUGGUGAUAUUAGUCGUGAAGAGGUUAAUCGUUUAUUAUCAGAAAAUGAUCUCGAACCUGGAACAUUUAUUUUACGAGCAUCUUCUACACAAAUUGGUGGUUUUUCAUUAUCUGUAAAAACUGAUAAUAAUGGUAUAAAUGGAAUUAGAAAUUAUAGAAUUGAAAAGAAAGAAAAUGAAAAUGGUGAGAUACGUUAUCAGAUAGGGGAAAGUGAACAAUUUAAAGAUAUGGGAAGUUUAAUGAGAUAUUAUAAAUAUCAAACACUAUAUAAAGUUGCAUUAAAAAAAAGUUAUCCUAAAAAAUGUUUAGAAAAAGUAAUUGGUUUAUAUAGAUUUAAUGGGGAACGUAGGACAGAUUUACCUUUUGAAAAAGCAGAGCUUUUAUAUGUUGUUGAUAAUUCUGAUAGUCAAUGGUGGGUUGCAAGAAAUGCAAUGGAUGUAUAUGGACAGAUACCAUAUAAUUUUGUUAAAAAAUAUAUUCGUGGUGAAGAUAUUAAUUUAUAUAUUAAAAAUAAUCCUAUACAACCAACAAUUAAUACUAUUCAAUCAAAAUCAAAAACAUCAACAAGAUCAUCUUUAAUGUCAGAUAUUAAAAGAUUAAGUAGUCAUUCUAGUAAUGAACAUCCUCAAACUAUUAAAAAUAGGCAAAAAAAUUCUUUUAAAGAAAUGGGAAAUAUUAUUUUUCCUGUUUGGGUAAGAGUUAUUAAAAAUCGUACUCCAAAUAUAUAUGAUAAAGGUGCAUUUAAAUUAGUGAAGGGAGAGUUCAUACAGAUGACAGGAACACUAGGAAAUGGUAUUGCUGAAGGAAUAUUAAAUGGUGUUGUUGGAACAUUUCCAUUAGUUAAUAUUGAAAUUACAAAUAAAAAAUGCUAG